UUUUUAAAAAAAAAUUUAUUUCCGCGAGCUAUAAUAAACUACAAUAUGUCCCAUAAAUUCAGUUAAAAUAUAAAUACUGCAAUCCGACCCGAAAAAUUAGUUUAGCAAUUAAAAACUAUUUCCCGCCAUCACUUCACACAAACAUGAAAAUUUCCUUUUCGCCCCACACUUCUUCUCUGAGGCCUCUCCACCUCCUCCAAAACCAUCCUCGCACUCCCUUCCAUCCUCUCUUCAGGUGCAAGAAACCCAUAGCAGCUCCGCCGCACCCUCCGGAACCCCUCUCCCUCCCCGAGCAUUCGCACGCCGAGAGACUCCGAAGCUCGGUGAAGUCGAAGAGCGUCGAAGAAGCUAUGGAGUUGCUAACAGAGAUGAAAAGAAAGGGAGUUAGACCGGGCGUAGCUCUUGAAUCCAUGCUGGUUGAUCUCCUCAUGAAAUCCGACCGAGUGGGCGAUGCGUUCGACGUGUUCGGUGAAAUGCCGGAGAGAAAUGUCGUUGCUUGGACCUCGAUGAUAUCAGGGUGCGUCCGGAACAGUCAGUGUGGUGUCGGGUUCUCGCUGUUUGUUGAGAUGAUGGAGUCCGGUCUCUUGCCGAAUGAUUUCUCCUUGAAUGCCGCGCUUGCGGCCUGCGCUCACAUGGCAGCUCUUCGCCUCGGUGAGCAAGUGCACUCACUGAUCGUGCGUCUUGGGCUUGAGAGUGAUUGCCGGAACGGGAAUAGUUUGAUCGACUUCUAUUCGAGAUGCGGUUUGAUUUCAAAUGCCAAAGCUGUGUUCGAUAGAAUGCCUGAGCUAGAUUUGGUGAGCUACACUUCAUUGAUAUCCGGACUUUGUACCAAUGAGUCGUUUGAAUCGGCGGUUUGGGUGUUCGAUCGCAUGGUAAGACAUGGGCUCGAACCGAAUGAGCAUACAAUCGCAAGCAUUCUGACAGCUUGUGGGCUGCCGCUUGGUGAGCAGAUACAUGGCUACAUGAUCAAGACAAUGAUUGCUCAGAGCGUCUACUCUGCGAGUGCCUUGAUUGAUUUGUAUUCAAGAAAUAAUGAGUUCGAAUCAGCUAGCACCGUAUUCCAACAUCUUGAACCUAAAAAUGUUGUCUCUUGGAACUCGAUGAUCGCUAGUUGUGUUAGGAAUGAACAAGUAGAAGAUGCCCUGCAGCUGUUUGUUGAAAUGGUUAUAGAUGGUCUCAAUGCUAAUGAGUUUGCAUUCGCCACUGCCAUAGGGGCUUGCGGGCUAUCAUCUGAAUCCGGUGAGUUUGGAAGGCAAUUACAUGGCUCUGCUAUAAAACACAAUAUGAUGUCGGACAUUCGAGUAUACAACGCCUUACUAAGCAUGUAUGGUAGAGGCGGUCGGAUCAAAGAAAUGGAGUCUGUGAUUGCGGAGAUCGAAUACCCUGAUGUUGUUAGCUGGAGUGCAGCUAUUUCUGGCUAUUUUCAGAACGGUUUUGACGAGAGAUCCACAAGCGCUCUUUGUCGAAUGCAUAGCAUGAAUUACAGACCGAACGAGUACGCAUUCUCUAGUGCUUUAAGUUCUUGCGCAAAUCUUGCCUUACUAGAUCAAGGAAGGCAAUUCCAUUGUCUUGCCCUCAAAUUGGCGUGCGAUCUCGAUACUUCCACUGGAAAUGCAUUGAUCAACAUGUACUCCAAGUGUGGGUGCAUCGGAGACGCGAAAUUCGCAUUCGACGCAAUGCCCACCCAUGACGUCACAUCGUGGAAUUCGCUGAUUCAUGGUUAUGCACAUCAUGGGCAUGCGAAGGAGGCACUGAAAGUGUUCAAUAAGAUGGAACCGAACGGCGUCAUGCCGGAUCAGUUGACAUUUGUAGGGAUUCUAGCAGGUUUUAGCCAUGCAGGUCUUGUAGACGAAGCAGAAAAAUACUUUAAACUCAUGACCGAUCGGUACGGUAUCGAGCCAUCUCCUUCUCACUACGCAUGUAUGAUCGAUAUGAUGGGGCGAAGCGGGAGAAUUGAAGAGGCACUAUGUAUGAUAAAUAGUAUGCCAUGUGAGGCAGAUAUUGUGAUAUGGAAAGCACUGUUGGGAUCAUGUAGAUUGCAUCGGAAUUUAGAAGCAGGAAAGAUUGCUUUAGAGAAGGUGAUGCAGUUGUCGAGAAAAGACUCUGCGGGCUACGUGCUUAUGUCGAAUUUGCACGCUAUGCACGGAGAAUGGAGCGACGCCGAUAGAGUCAGGAGGAAGAUGGAUGACAUGGGAGUCAAGAAAGAUGCUGGAUGGAGUUGGAUUGAGGUAAAAGAUGAGGUCCACACUUUUGUCGCAAGAGAUACUUCUCAUCCAAAAUCUGCAUUACUUUACCAGAGAUUAAGAGAGCUCCUUGUGCUAAUGAAGGAUGAGGGUUAUUCACCUGAUCUGGGCACACUAUCAGAUGAUUUGUUAGUUUAUAUGACACAUCUUUAGAGAAGUGAUUAUUAAUAUAGAAUGGAUGUUAAUCUUCUAAAAUAAACUGUAGUUGUAUAUAUAGGACACAUGUUUAGAUCUUACAAAAUGUAAAUGAGUGUUAUUGCUGUGCCAAUGUGAAAUCAAUUAAUCUCUAAUCCUUAGAUCGUAUAAUGGUUCUGCUUUGUAUUGUAAAUUGUUUUAGACUUCUAGUUCAUGAAUUGUGUGAAUUCAAGAGUCCUAGUUCAAGUUUUGCCAGCUGAGUGCUGGUUUCGCUUUGUUUACGUACUUCAUACUUGUUUAUUCCCGUGUUCGAUGUUAUUGACGGUACCUACAGAUGGUAUUGCAUUGUUUGCAGAUCUUA